AUGUCACUUGCCAGGAGGAGGUCAAUGGACGACCUACCGCAAGAGCUUGUGAGGGAAAUCAUCGAUCAUUCAGUCGAAAAUGAUAGCAACGAAACACGCGCAUGGCUGAAAGGUCUUCGCCUCCUUUGCCACAAGUUCGCAAUUGCCACUGCCCCUGCUCUGUUCAGCCAAAUUCCAGUCUGGAUUAGUGAAGGUAGUCUCCAGAAUCUUAAGGAUGUCUCCGAGCAUCCCCAAAUCUCUCGACAUGUUCGCGGUAUCUUUUUCUCACCUUUACGACUCAUUGAUCAGGACAUGGAUCAACGAGAGGCGAAGUUCGUUGCUAAGAAGCGUCGAGAAGGAAAGGAGGCCACUGAGUAUAAGGACGCUCAUGAGAAGUAUGUUUACGGCCUCGAGAAAUUUGAGCACGAUCGAACCUUGCUCCUGCACCAAAUUGAGGGUCUCGAGAUACUGACCGAUGCUUUCGAACAUCUGCCAAAUAUGACAAACCUGCACAUUGGCAGGAGUCAGAUUGGGAGGAACGAGAUCAGGCAUGGUGACUGCGUCUGCGAGGAGUUCUCAAAUGACGGGGAACAUACCCUGUCGCUCCUGUUCGAAGCGCUGGCAAUUUCUAGCAAGCCCUUACAAUUAUUCAUCGUGAAAGAUACUGAGAUCAUGUCCGAACACAAACUUCGCUGGACCUCGUACACAUUCGUUGGAAGGGGCACAUUCUCAGCAGCAGCAGUCUGCACAGCAAUCAACGCCCUCGGGAAAAGAAAGGAACAGCUUUUUGCUAAUGUCAAAACCUUCGACCUAUCUGCCGAGUUGUUAUGCAUUGGUAGAUCUGGCGAGGACAUCUGCACAACCAUACGUACGCUACUAUCUGAAUGCAAAAAUCUCGAGAGUCUGACCUUAUGCCCCAUGCUGAUUCAAGGCCGGUCGCCUGAGAUACGAUCAGUGCUGACACGUAGAAUCCUCACCAAUUUCUCGAAUUUGAGGGUGUUCAAUAUUGGCCAUGUAUUUACACGUCCUGAAGAUAUAAUGGUCUGGAUGAGAAGCUGCUGUCAAACUCUGGAAGAGGUCCAUUUCGAACACCUCUGUUUUGAGCCCGACCUUUUGAGGCGUGCUGAUUUCCGCUGGUCCAAGGUAUUGGAUUGCCUCCGGAAGCUUCAUUGGAACCGACUGCAGAAAUUUACACUUCUGGAUUGCGAUAGUCAGUACAAGGACGGAAACCCACUUGAAGUCCACGACUAUAUCAAAGGCUUGGUCAACACUGAUCCACUCUUAAUGCGAAGACAAGUCUUAGGGAAGUCCAACGAUGACAAGCUAAGGAGUUCUGAAGGCUACUUUGAUGAUUCCGAGGCAUCGCUGCCCUCUUCGGGAUCUAUGGAUCAUCUCCAUGAUUCUGAGUCUCUGGCAGACUUUAGCGAUACCAACUCCAAUGGAGAACCAAACGGACUCUGGGGGACUGUGGCAGCCUUUGAUCUUCUUGAUUUUGAUUGGGACGUAAUCAGAACACCUCCAGCCUCGUUCGCUCCAGCAACUGAAGGAAUCUUGGAAGACGGGGACAACGCAGGAGAAAGCAGUUAUUUCUGA